AUGACAAACAAUCACCCUAAGAGACGUUCACCUAAACCAUCAUCUCCUAACAAUAAUCAUCAUAAUAAUAAUCAUUCAGGAAAUGGUAAUGGUCGUACUAAUGGUAAUGGUAAAGGUUCAAAAAACCAUAUCUACAGAAGUCCAUUGCUUGAGGAGUUCCGCAACAACCCAAACAAGAACUAUACUUUGAAAGAUAUAUUUGGAAGUGGUAUUGAAUUUUCCAAAGAUCAACAUGGUUCAAGAUUUAUUCAACAACAAUUGUCCUCAAGCUCAUUUGAAGAAAAAGAAGUGAUUUUCAAUGAAAUUCGUGAAGUUGCUUUGGAUUUAAUGACUGAUGUCUUUGGUAAUUAUGUUAUUCAAAAAUAUUUUGAACAUGGUUCAGAUGUUCAAAAACAAGUGUUGUUGGAACAAAUGAAGACAAAAAUUCACUUUUUAUCACUACAAAUGUAUGGAUGCAGAGUUGUUCAAAGAGCUAUUGAAUAUGUUCCAUUGGAUGACCAAGUUUCCAUUGUUGUUGAGUUGAAAGAUUCUAUCUUGGCUUGUAUUAAAGAUCAAAAUGGUAACCAUGUUAUUCAAAAAGCUAUUGAAAAGAUUCCGAUUGAAAAAAUUGAAUUUAUCUUGGAUUCAUUAAGAACUCAAAUUUAUCAUCUAUCAACACAUCCAUAUGGUUGCCGUGUCAUUCAAAGAUUGUUGGAGUACUCCAAAGCUGAAGAUCAAGAAUUCAUAUUGGGUGAAUUGAGUAAAUACACUUACUUCCUGAUUCAAGAUCAAUAUGGUAAUUAUGUCAUUCAACACAUCAUUGAACAUGGUAAACCAGAGGAAAAGAAUGCAAUUGUUGAUACAGUUACAGGAUCUGUUGUGGAGUUUUCUAAACAUAAAUUUGCUUCCAAUGUUGUUGAAAAAUGUGUCAUGUUUGGUAAUGAGGCUCAAAGAGCGAUUAUUUUGGAUGAAGUUUUGAAAAAUAAUGAAGAAGAUAAUGAUGAACCAGUCGAUGAUCGCUCUCCAUUAGGUUUGAUGAUGAAGGAUCAGUUUGCCAACUAUGUUGUUCAAAAAUUAGUUGAUGUUUCAAAAGGUCAAAAGAAGAAGGUGUUGAUCAAAAAGAUUAAACAAUUUUUGAAACAAAUCUCAAAAUCUAAUUAUGGUAAACAUUUGGCAUCAAUUGAGAAAUUGAUCGUCUUGUCGGAAACCGCAGUCACUUCAGAUGAUGAAGAAUGA